UCACUGCUCGGUAAUUUCACUUUCGCGGGUGGUGUUUUUGGGCGUAUCUUCGUGAGUCCGAGUACGACUGUUAUCCGUGUCCAGGCCGAAUCCUUCGCACCAGCAUUUGUGCUUCAAUUUUGGAAGAAAAAUGUCCAGCAAAAUCGAGGAAGCGCAAGAGCACAUUCGCCAGGCGGAGAAAUGCUUGAAAACGUCCAUCCUGAAAUGGCGUCCGGAUUUUGACAACGCGGCCGAAGAGUACAACAAAGCAGCCACUUGCUUCCGCAAUGCUAAAUCGCUCGAUCAGUCCCGCGAUUGUCUGAUGAAGUCAUCCGAUUGCCAUCGGCAAAACCGGGCCCUUUUCCAUGCGGCCAAGUGCCUCGAUCAGGCCAUUCUGAUAUGCAAAGAAAUGAACAACCUCGGCGAUAUCCGGAAGUUGGCAGAGCGUGCGUGCCAUUUGUAUCAACAGCACGGUUCCCCGGAAUCGGGAGCUACCGUCCUCGAUAAGGCGGCCAAGAUAUUGGAGCAAACGCACCCGGAAGAUGCCCUUCAGCUGUACAAGCAGGCCGUAGAAGUUGUUACGAUCGAAGACUCGACGCGUCAGGGGGCAGAGUAUGCUAGUAAAGUGGCCCGUAUUAUGGUGAAGCUUGGCAUGUAUGAUCAGGCCGCCGAUGCUAUUAGGCGAGAGAUCGGCUUGCAUCAGCAAGUAGGGUCUGAUGGCGCCAUAGGACGGCUGGCGGUUGCGCUAGUGCUCGUUCAGUUGGCUCGCGGUGAUUACGUGGCUGCCGAGAAGGCGUUCAAGGAAUGGGGCAAUUGCUGCGAUAGCGCCGAGGUGCAAACAUUGGAAUCGUUGUUACUGGCGUACGAUGAUGAGGAUCCGGAACUAGCCCAGCGGGCUCUCUCUUCUCCCUUUAUACGCCACAUGGACCUCGAAUACGCUCGAUUGGCACGGGACUUACCCCUUCCGAAGGGUGUGUCGAUUGCGCCAAAGGCAAACGUUAUCGAAAAUGCGACCGCUUCGUACAUUUCGCCGAAUAGUGCCGAUACAUCCAAACCAUCAGCCGGCCCCGUUGCAGAAGACGAAGACGAAGGCGGUCUGUGUUAGUACGUCUGUCCAAAAGUGGCCGCCUAUACUACGGCACCGUUAAGAGUUGUGUGAUAAAUAUGCUUUUAUUAAUAUUAUAUUCAUUAUGAUUACGAUUACGGACAACCUGAAAGUGGUACUAUGAUUAAACUUGUUGCUAUUAAGUACGCGCAAGCUUUAUCUACUAUAGCGUAUUACAAACUGCAAAAAAACAACCUAACGUUCCUUUGAGAUUUGAUUUUUUUUUCAAACGUUUUACAAUAAAUGUGUAAAAUUCAUAUGCUGCAGUUUUCGGAAAGUUGAAACUGUUUAUAGACUGAUUAACAAACAAACAUCGUACCUUGUUUUCCUACUGCAGUCGAAAGUGUUUCGUAUUUCGGAAUAUUCGGACAUUUGUGGUUGAUGGCAAAAGCAAACCAAGGUUCGCGUUGUUUAGACACAAGAAAAAGAAAGUAAGAUUUGAAAACAAAGUGCAAAUGAAAACGGAUAUAUCCAUCAUAACUACUUAUGUAAAGGAAAUGCUUCAAAGUAUGGCUUGUUUCCAGGAGACAAACGGCAAACGUCGGCUAAAAUCAAACAUUUUGUUUUAAACUGUGCGCAAAAAUGUAAUUAAAUAGUCCCUGUAGGAUGUAACAUGUAAGCUAAAUCUGCUCAGUACACCUAAUCGCGAGCAUCCACAGUAAAUGCGAAAUUAACACGAGAAUGGAGAACCAUUCGAAUGUAAGAGAAAAGCAAAAGCAGAGUUACAUUGAAAGCAAACAAAAAAAAUUAAAAUCCCGUUUAUGAUAAUGGCAUUAAAUUAGUGUGUGAAACAUAUGAGCUAUCAGCCGUAAACGCUCCCCACGUUCUCUCUAUCCCGUUUUCCCUCUAGCAUCCCGCAAUCAAUGAAGUUAUCAAUUAUAAAUAGAUAGAAAGGAAAAGUGCAAUGCAAGUAGCGAAGAUGCAAAGAAUAUUGUUAUCAAUCAAACCUGUUGUAGAUGAAAUAUUUCAAUAAAAGAAAAAAGAUUCGAAGAAAUCAAUAAUGAAAAGGAUAACCCAAUUGGUAUCGUUGCGAGGAGAGCUGAAACGUGUGAAUGGAAUGCCACUGGAAUAGAACAGAGGUCAACGUUAGCAGCGAGCGAAACUUUUGAGAUCUGUGCAGACAAACAAAGAAUUAACAUGUUGUUCAUCCAAUACGGCAAAUCGUAAAAAUAUAUCAGUGCCACGAUUCGAUGGUGAUAACUCACGAAGAUAGCGAAGCUUGUACAGUGCAUAUAAUAUAUUAUCCCUUGCCUAUGGUACAUCGCACAUCAUUUCGUAUUUUAAGCGACCGCAAUUUAUUUUACCUCAUUAAGCAUUAAGAGGGCAAGAAUUUGUCCUCCAUCAACUGUACUGUUUUUCUUACUUCCUGGUGGGUAAACGGUAGAAAAUCUGUUGAAUAAAAAGUUUUCAGCCCUCAUAAGGUUAAUCCUCUCUUUAGUUUCAUUUUUGAACAAGCGGUAAUUUAGUUUUGACGUAGGCGCGAAAACCACAACCUCAUUUAACAUGUACCUUGUGUUGGCAUUAAACAUUCCAAUUCAGGAUUAUCACGAUUGAAGCUGAUUCGCAUCUAAAGUCGAAAUAAGAUAAAGAGAACAGAGCCCAUAUUCUUGAUCAUUACCAUUGCAUCGAAAACGCUGGCGCUAUUUUACUCUUGAAAGGUGUGGCUGAUUGAUGCGAAAAAGAAAAGAAAAUGAAUCAUGUUGUUUUAAUGGGAUAGUUCACAAUUUUGCGUAUCAUCGGAAAAAUGCAAAACGUUAAAUACAAUGUUCGGCCUCAAUUUUGCAGCCGAAAUGAUGCGGUAUCGGCAGGUGCUGCGAGGGAUUGAAGACAAGGAAAAUGGCUAAAAUCUUCAACAUGUUAUAAAAAUUUGAUCGUAGUGUUUAAGAUAUAGAAAAAUUCUGCUCCAGAGAAGAAAAAACAAAUAAACAC